AUGCCUCGGCAGGGCCGCAGGCGGAAGAAGACCCGCACCGACAAGGAGGCAGAUGUCGGGGAGCGAGAGAAAAAGCUGACGCCGCGCUGCUUCGUGAUCAAGCGCGGCGAUGUGGGCGACCGCAUCAAAGACUUGGUUCAAGACUUCCGGAUGGUGAUGAUGCCGAACUCUGCCAAGGCGCUCAAGGAGUCGAAGACCAACCGGGUCGAGGACUUCAUCGCUGUCGCGGGCCAUUUCAACGUCUCGCACCUGAUCAUGUUCACUGCCACCAAAGCUGCAACGUACAUGAAGCUGGCAAGGCUUCCGCAGGGCCCAACCCUGACCUUUCGGGUGGACAGCUUCACCCUGGCGCGGGAGGUGAAGGCCUCCCAGAAGAGGCCCAAAGGCUCUGCGAGGGACUUCAGCACUGCUCCGCUACAGGUGCUCAAUGGCCUGGGAGGUCCGAAGGAUGCCCCAGACGGCGCAGGCGGCGGGAAGACGACGAAGAUGGCGGAGAGGAAGCUCAUUGCAGAGAUGCUGCGAGGGGCCUUCCCCGCCAUCGAUGUUCCGACGUUCAACCAGGCCGAGUGCCGCAGAGCUGCGCUGUUCCACUACGAUCGUGAAAGCGAUGCUCUGCUCUUCCGGCACUUUGUAGUCAGCCGGAAGCAAGCCGGCCUCGAACGAGGCGUGAGCAAGUUGACAAAGUUCAACCGGCUGCCCAACUUGGGCAAGAAGGGCGACAUCGCGGACUUCGUGCUGGGUGGGGGCGGGGCCGCGUCGGAGUCCGAGCUGGACGAGGGUGAGGAGGUACCCACCACCUCGGGCAACCGCAUCGCCGUGCGCCUGGCUGAAGCUGGCCCACGCAUGAAGCUGUUGCUGAUCAAGGCGGAGGAAGGGGUUUGCACCGGGGGUGUAAUGUACCACCGCUUCCUGACGAAGACGCCGUCGCAGCAGCAAGUGCUCCAGGAGCGAGCCCGGCAGCGGCAAAAGCUGAAAGAGCGGAAUGCGAAGCUGGAAGCCAAAGCGAAGGCAGCAAAGAGCAAGAAGCGGAAGCGGAACUCGAAGGAGAAUGAGGAGGACGACGAUGAGCCGCCUGCGCAGUAUGAUGACUUUGACAACGACUGA